GGCUCUCAAAAAGGCAUCAAACAACAACGACGCGCUCCUUCACUCGUUUGGGUUGGAUUAGAGGAGUCGGUUAUACCACAACAGCCAAUCCUGCUCUUGACCUCCGUCGCCUCAACUGUCGGUCACAUUUCCCCCGUUGCUCGUUCAAAUUUGGGAGUGAUGAGUGUACAACCCCGCACUGUCCUCCGCCCCUCCCUCCAUACGUGUUCCAAGUCGGAGGCUUAAGCUGAUUGAGCUGGUUGAGCUGAGCUGAGCUGAGGUGGGCGGAGCUGACUUGACUUGACUGACUGACUGAUGAUGAACGACACCUGCUGCAGCAGCUACUGCGGAUGAGCUCAGACGGCAUCCAAAGAAGUUAGUUAGUUCAUCGUUCCUCAUGCCGGUUCGAAAAUACAUUGAGGCUUGCGGAAGUCGACUGGAGCGGAUCGGGAGUGCUGUAGACUGAUCUAUUCCUUUUCGAUUCCAUCACCCGAAUUAUUCACCACUGUGCUCGUUGCUGUUGCUGAGGCUUGCGGAAGUCGACUGGAGCGGAUCGGGAGUGCUGUAGACUGAUCUAUUCCUUUUCGAUUCCAUCACCCGAAUUAUUCACCACUGUGCUCGUUGCUGUUGCUGUCGCUGCUGAGACAUCGUCGGUCGACAUGGGCGAGCUGGAGACGAUCAUGGAAGACUGUCCUCAGCAGCUGGGGCUCGGCCCGAAUCGGGCGAUGCGCAUCGCCGACGUUUUGGAAUCUCCGCGGAAGCAGGAGCAUGUGUAUCUGCUGGUGGAUAGCCAGAAGAAGAGCGUGGCCAGAGUUCAGAAGGUUCCCAAGUUCAAAAAAUACGUGGAGAACAUCAAUGAAGCCAGGAUCCACCUCAAGUCCCUUGUUAUGAAGAAAGGCGGAAUGAGAAUGAAGACAAAGCGUACCACAACACAUUCCAUCAUGUGGCCACCCAAGUACACCACCAACGCCGCGGACGAUGCUGAGGUUGCCGAAGACGAAGGGAGGACUCGCAGAUUGAAUUGUUUGUACUACGCAUAAGUGUAGUAGUCUGCGGGCCGUGGCAUCACCCAUGAGGUUGAGGCUGGCAGGCGGUGGUGGGCUCCUGUGGCCAGCCGCCUGAUUCUUUGGCUGGGCUUCUGAAGAAUGUGUACAAAGCAGCAGCUGCAGCUGAAGAAUAAGGAGAGCAGGAUUCGUUAACUGAAUUUUCUGUACAAUACUUGAGUGAUGCGGGUUCGUCUUCAUCUUCUCUAUGACCAUCACCACAACCACCUCCAACACCACCAACAUCAUCAGAAAACUUAGCCUUAUGAGCUAUUGCGAGCUCAGUUGGUAAGGUUUUCUCCGUCUGUAAAAAUGCCAGCCGAUGCCUCGAGCUCGAGCUGAGUCGCCACUCUGAAUCUAUCGUCUCCUUCUGUCUAUUUUUUCCCUCUUUAUUCGCCCUUUCAGCUCUUGUCACAACGUGUUCGUGCUGUCCGAGUGAUUGCAAAGCUCUCACGUCAUGCGGUGAAAGAGAGAGAACCUUUACUCGGUACUUACCAACUCAGACGCAAGCUCUACCUUGCCACUCAACCAGCAGCAGCCUCCUUUGAGAUCAUGCCGGUUUUUCCCUUGCCCCUUAAUUACAUAUAGAAUAGCUUAGUUUAGAUCCACUGCCACAUAUCGAUGUCAAUCCCCGCAAUUUGCAAAUCAGUAUGACGCGAGGAGCUUCUGACACACCCGCGGGUUUGUCAGCUCUGAGCGUCGGGUAACUCGAGUUCGUCUCACGAUGGGUUCCGUUCCGUAGUCGGAUCAGGUUCAUCAACGUCAGGGCAGAAUUUUUCUCUCGCAAUUUUCCUUUUUUCCCCUCCUUCCCUCUUUCCAACCGAGGUCGGAAUUGUAUAGGCAAUUUUCUCAGCCUACGGUCGUUCCUGGAUCGUAAACUUAUGAUUGAUUUUGGCCGACAUUCUCAUCGGACCUCUGGGACGACCUGUCAGAGCUGCUAACUUGAUUUGUCUUCCUCUUUCAUCCUCACACCGGAGGAUUAUCCAAAUUCCUAUCUUCGACACGAAUCGAACAGAGUGUAGGACUCCCGCAGGAUGUAGUCAUAGUUGAUCUUUAGUCGAUCAUUCUGAUCUAAAACGCUGUUCGACGAAUCAAUUCGACGAGCACAGACAUUUUGCAAGCCAAAAUUGGCCGGUUUCUCCGACCUCUCAAAGACGAGGGUCGAAAUCUGUGCCGUUUAUUUCCGCAUCAUGUACCUGCUCCUGCGAUCAUUUUCGUGGCAUUUGAAUGACAACGGCUUCCGCUUGCAUGCA